AUGGAUGCGCAUUGGCGUGCUCCUCCUAAUUGCGACGGCGAAUCAAGAAGACAGCAGCGUAGUACUACGAUGACGUACGAUGCUGCUGCUGCAGCAGCAGCAGGAGGACAUUGUGGGUCUGCUGGUGGCAAUUCUGGUGGUGUCUUAUGGUCUGGUAGUAGUAAUCGUGGUGUGAAUAGCAGCAGCAGCAGAAGCAGCAGCAGCAAGCAGCAAGGAGAAGCUCCUUGGUGGAAGCAGCAGCAGCAGCAAGGAAGGGAUAGCCGUGUAUCUCGUGGUGGUGGUGCUGCUGAUGGUACUAGCCGCAGCACAGGGUACAGUAGUAGUAGUAGACAGCAGCAGUAUGAUCAGCAGCAGCAGCAUCAUUAUGAUCAGCAGCAGCAGCAGCAGCAGCAGCAGCAGCAACCUUAUGAUCCGCCUUAUGAUCAAUAUCAUCAUUAUCCUCAGCAGCAGCAGCGUUCGUCACAUUAUUCAUCGCAGCACGAGCAGCAGCAGCAGCAGCAGCAUCGUUAUGAGGAUUCAUCCUCUAGAUACGAGAGCAGCAGGAUAAGCAGCAGGAGAAGGUAUGAUAGACAGCAGCACUACAGCAGCAGCAGCAGGAGCCGCAGCCGUAGCCGCAGCAGGAGCCGUAGCCGCAGCAGGAGCCGUAGUCCUUAUUGGAGAGGAGGAGGAGGAGGAGGUGCAGCAGCAGACAGCAGCAGCAGCAGCAGCAUGAGUAGAGGUGGUCGCAUGCAAAGGAAUCGUCAAUCAGGAGAAAGAGAUGGACAUGGAUAUGAUUAUCAUACAAGACAGCAGCAGCAGCAGCAGCAACGACUGCAGCAAAGACAGCAGCAACAAAGAUACCACCAACGUUAUAGGAGCAACAGCAGCGAAUCAGCAGCAGCACAGCAGCAGCAGCAGCAGCAAUCUUAUCAUAGACAAGGAAGAAACAAAGAUGAUCAUCUAAGAAUCGUAGAAGGAUCAGAUGGUCGUAGUAGUCGUAAGGAUUAUUGGGAUGAUGAAUCACCAUCACGUUAUAAUCGUCAUCGUCAUACAACAACAGACACAAGACGUACAGCAGCAGCAACAGCAGGAGGAGGAGGAGGAGGAGGAGGAGGAGGAGGAGGAGAUGGAGAUACAUUAGGAUCAACAGGAGGAGAUCGUCGUCCUCGUUCUUACCAUCAUCACCAUCAACAACAACAACCCCACCAUCAUCAACAACAACAACACAUUAUACCUCAUGGUGGUGGUGUUAUUCUUCGUUCCCCUCAUCCCUCGUCUUCUUCCUCUUCUUCCUCUUCUUCCUCUUCCUCCUCAACAACAGGAGCAAAUCCUCCUCCUCCUCCCCCACCACACCACCUCCAUCAACAACCCCACCACCAUCAUCAGUACACACAACAACAACAACAAGAAUACAUACGUCGUCGUUGGCGUCACCCUGAUUCGUGCCUCCCUUGUGUCUGGUACUUUUGCAACACAGACGGAUGCAGUCGUGGCUCCUCUUGUCCUCGUUGUCAUAACGAAGAACAUCGUAAUAUUAAUUCAUUUAUUCAUCCUUUUAUUAUUUUACAUAAAAAAAAUAAAUGUAUGCCUUGUCAUAGAUAUAAAUCUAAUGGUAUAUGUACACAAAUUGCAUGCGUAUUCUGUCAUCAUCCUAUACAUAAACAACAACAAGAACAAGAAGGAGGAGAAGGAGGAGAAGAAGAUAAUAAUAAUAAUAAUAAUAAUAAUGAGGAAGGGGAAGAGGAAGAAGAUGAGGAAAAAAAGAAGAAAAAAGAAGAAGAAAGAAUAAAAAAAUUAGAUGAAGAAUAUAUGCAACAAGAUAUAUUCAAGAUCCAACCAAGACAGAAAUUAUCAACAGAUAUAGAUGCACAUAAUCGUGGUGUAUGUAUACCUUGUGCAGAUUAUUUUUCUUCUAUAGAUGGAUGUAAAUAUACUAAUAAUAAUAAUAAUAAUUAUAUUAAUAAUAUUAUUGAACAACAACAACAACAACAACAGGGAGGAGGGAGAGGAGGAGGAGGAGGAGGAGGUAGAGGAGGAGGAGGAGGUGGAUGUAUUUAUUGUCAUGAUUCAUCGCAUGCAAAUCCUCAUCUUGCUGCUCAUCCUUCUGUCUUGUUGCACCUCAAGGGUUGCUGUAAACCUUGUCCUAAGUUUGCUGCUAAUGCAUGCGUACAAGAACCAUCAUUAUGUCCUAUGUGUCAUCAUCCUAGUCAUAAGGAUGAUGACGAAGAAGAAACAGGAACAGGAGGAGGAGGAGGAGGAGAGGGAAGGAGGAGAAGGAGAGGAGGAGGAGGAGGAGGAGGAGGAGAAGGUGUUGUUGAUGUUGAUGAAGAAGAUUAUGAUGAGGAUGAAGAAGAGGAAAGGAGAAGAAGAAGAAGGAGAGAAAAAGAAAGAGAAAGAGAAAGGGAAAGGGAAAGGGAAAGGCAGCAACAGCAACACCAGCAGCAGCAGCAGCAGCAACAUGAUGAUGAUGAUGAUGAUGAUGAUGUUGUUAGGGAAAGACAAAGAUAUCAUCAUGAUAAAAAAGAAGAAGAAGAAGAGGAAGAAGAAGCAAGACACAGGAGAAGGAGAGGAAGUAGUGCAGCAGCAGCAGCAGCAGCAGGAGGAGAUAAUAAUAGAAGACAUGAUGAUGAACAGCAACAGCAACAACAACAGCAGCAGCAGCAACAGCAACAGCAGCAGGAAGAUCUACAUGUAGAUGGUGAGGAUACAUGGGAUGAUGUAAGGGCAUCAUCACCUGCACGUACACCUGAACUUCAUCAUCAGCAGCAACAGCAGCAGCAGCAGCAGCAGCAUAUGGAUGAGGAUGAAGCACACCACCAGAAUCAGCAGCAACAGCAGCAGGAUCCACAGGUUGCACCGCAGCAGCAGCAGCAGCAAAAAUCUAUUCCUGAUAGGGAAUAA